AGAAGUGUUCUUUGACGCAACUACGUGGGAUUAUUUUAAACAGGACAAGAUGGCGGAGGUUAGCGGGCUGAGGAAACGGAAUCAUUUCGAACAAAACCGCAAAAGACACGUCUUUGACGAAGGUGCGGGUGGUGUGGAAGAUGUUCCUCUGUCCCUGCCAGAUCGGAAGCCUCCUCCCAGGAUGGCACAUCGGGCAGAGGCGGAUAGCGAGACAGACAAGGAGUGGGAACAGGCCCCAGAGCUGACUGCUGCCGAUCAGAGUCCUGUCAAGGAGCAGCCUGUAGAAGAGGUGGUGGAGGAGAAGGCUCGGCCCAUCCAGAUUGUCCUGGCUCACGAAGACGACCACAAAUUUGAGCUGGACACGGCGGCUCUAGAGAAGCUCUUACUGCAGGAGGAUGUCAGAGACCUUAAUGUGGUGGUGGUGUCAGUGGCUGGGGCCUUCCGUAAGGGCAAGUCCUUCCUGCUGGAUUUCAUGCUCCGAUACAUGCUCAACCAGCAGGAGGAGCAGUCAGACUCGUGGGUUGGGGUUGAUGAUGAGCCGCUGACAGGGUUCAGCUGGAGAGGAGGCUGUGAGAGGGAGACCACAGGGAUCCAGGUCUGGAGUCAGGUGUUUGUGGUCAACAAGCCGGAUGGGAGCAAGGUUGCUGUUCUGCUAGUGGAUACACAAGGAGCCUUCGACAGCCAGUCUACCAUAAAGGACUGUGCAACGGUUUUUGCCUUGAGCACCAUGACCAGCUCUGUACAGGUGUAUAACUUGUCCCAGAAUAUUCAGGAGGAUGAUCUUCAGCAUCUCCAGCUCUUCACAGAAUACGGCCGGCUUGCUUUGGAGGAAAUCUAUCUAAAACCCUUCCAGUCUCUCAUGUUCCUCAUCAGAGACUGGAGCUAUCCAUAUGAGCACAACUAUGGACUGGAGGGAGGUAAACGCUUUCUAGAAAAGAGACUGCAGGUGAAACAGAACCAGCAUGAGGAACUGCAGACCGUGAGGAAACACAUCCACUCCUGCUUCUCCAACAUCGGUUGCUUCCUCUUGCCCCAUCCCGGCCUCAAAGUGGCCACCAACCCCAUGUUUGACGGCAGAUUAAAAGACAUUGAUGGUGACUUUAAGGAGGCGCUGGGCAAUCUGGUGCCCUUACUGCUGGCUCCUGAGAACCUGGUGGAGAAGGAGAUUGGAGGGGCUAAAGUGACCUGCAGAGAUCUAGUGGAGUACUUUAAGGCCUAUAUAAAGAUCUAUCAAGGGGAGGAGCUUCCUCAUCCUAAGUCAAUGUUACAGGCAACGGCUGAAGCCAACAACCUUACAGCAGUUGCUGGAGCAAAAGACACUUACAGCAAAAGCAUGGAAAUGGUGUGUGGAGGGGACAAGCCCUACAUCGCCCCUGCAGACUUGGAACGCUGCCACGAGGAGUUCAAGGAGUGCUCGGUGCGUCAGUUCCGCUCUGUGAAGAAGAUGGGAGGGGAGGACUUCUGCAAGAAAUACCAGGAGCAGCUGGAGGGUGAGCUGGAUGAGGCCUACUCCAACUUCCACAAGCACAACGAGGGCAAGAACAUCUUCUACGCUGCACGCACGCCCGCCACGCUCUUCGUUGUCAUGUUCACCACCUACAUCGUCUCAGGGCUGACCGGCUUCAUUGGAAUGAACACUAUUGCCGUGCUGGCCAACCUGGUCAUGGGCGUGGCUCUCAUGACUCUCUGCAUGUGGGCCUACGUCAAAUACUCAGGGGAGUUCAGAGAUGUGGGCACCAUCAUAGACCUGUUGGCAGAGACACUCUGGGAACAGGUGUUGAAGCCUCUGAGUGAGCAAUAUAUGGAGGAUAACGUUAGACAGACUGUGGUUAACUCCAUCAGAGCCAGUCUGACGGAACAGGCCACACAGCACGCAAAGUUAAAGUCACACUGACCCCUGCUCCUCCUGCUACUACUCUACCAUCCACUCACCCCACCCCUUCACUCAGUGUGCUAAAUCAUAGGACUGUGGCACUGUGCAAACCAAAGUUUACCCUGCACAGGCCCAGCCAGCCUCCCUGUCUGCUGUAGUGGCCUGUCUUACUGCUGGCAACUCUACUAUUGGAUCCCCCCUGUUGGAAGGUGGACAAUUAGCGAGUUAAGAAGUAGUUGCCGGUCUGCUCUCACCUUUACCACAAUUUGACCCCCCCCCCCCCCAGGAUUUUAAAUUAUGAAGAGUUGUUAGGUUUGCUGACCCGGUUUUAGUGUUGUCAUAUUAAGCAGAUUGCACUUGCUUGGGUUUCAAGGUUAAUUCAGGGAGUCACAGCUCUUUGAUGGUGUGCCAUUGGAUGCAAGAUGAACUGUCUGCAUAGUCAUGCAUACUAUAUCCAAGCCAGUGUUCCUACCCUCUCUCCUGAUACUGUUUGGUUAACUGGGGUGGAUUUUGAAAUCCUUUGAGCCUCUUCAGUUGUUUUAAGAUACUGAUGUUUAAUCUUGCUUUAGUGUCUACCUACCAGUGUUAUCUACUGCAUGGUAUUAGACAAACACAGCAUAGCACUAUAAUAGGCCCUAGAGCUCAAUCUAUUGUGCUUAGCAGGGGAAUGUAAUUCAGACAGUUUCAUUAAUUUGCCUUUCUUGAAAACCCACAGGACAGUGGGAGUGAUCAAUGGUAUUGCACAUCUAGAGUUGUUUUUCUUGUCAAUACAGCACUAAUGAUAUCAGUUAGGUCAACGCUUUUGUACCAAUUCCAUCCACAACUGUCUCGCCUAGGAACGCGGCAGUUGUUACGGCUCAUUUUAUAGAAAUGUUUUACAAAUAGGGAAUGAUGUAUGACACAUUUUACACUUUGUAUAUAUUCUAUAGUGUUGGCGGGGUGUUUGUUGUUGAUUGGCCUAGUGUGGUUUUAAGGAAUGUUUUGUGAUUGGUCUUACAGUUGCAUCUUUUUCUGUGAUCUAUACCGGUACAUAAACAAACUCUAGGCUAGAGCAUUUAGAUUCCACCACAGAUUCGGACAAAGCUUUCUGGAAUUUGAUGAGUGGGUCGAGAUUGUCUUUAAAUCACUUCCUGUAAUUUAUUUUUCAAUAAACAAGUACAUUGACCUUAUUGAUUAAAAUCGAUAAUCUACUGUU